CCACGUCAUCACAAACAAACAUGGCGCCGCGCUGCACCGGCUCCGCGUUUCUGGCCGUCUUUGCGCCGAUCGCGGCUCUUUUGGUUGUGUUUUACGCAGCGGGCUCGCCUCUGACCUGGCGGACGGUGUCUCUGGCUGUUGUAACCGUGCUGGCGUCGCUGUGGCUGCGGAGGCUGCGGCGGCGGGACGCCGGGACGGACCGCCGGGUGUGUGUGCUGGUGUUGGGGGACAUCGGUCGCAGCCCUCGGAUGCAGUAUCACGCCUUGUCCCUCAGCAAACACGGAUUCAGCGUCGCUUUUGUCGGGUUUUUGGAUACCAAACCUCAUCAAGACGUGCUGAGAGAGGAGAAAAUAAUGAUCGUCCCCAUCACAGAAGUGAGAGGUGUUCGAGUGGGACCAAAGAUCCUCACUUAUGUGACGAAGGUGAUCCUUCAGUGUCUGCAGCUUCUCCAUGUGCUGCUGAAGACGGAGACUCAGUCUCAUAUUCUAAUGCAGAAUCCCCCGGGCUUGCCCAGCAUCGCGGUGGCUUGGCUCGUGUGCGUCCUGCGAGGCAGCAGAUUCGUCAUCGACUGGCACAACUACGGCUACACCGUCAUGGCCCUGAGCCACGGCCCGAGACACCCGGUGGUCCGACUGGCAAAGUGGUAUGAACACUUCUUCGGGCCGCUGGCCACUCACAACCUUUGUGUUACCAACGCAAUGAAGGACGACUUGCAGAAAAACUGGGGCAUCAGGGCGACGACUCUGUACGACAGACCAGCCUCCAUCUUCAGAGAAACGCCACUGAAGCUGCAGCACCAGCUGUUCAUGAGACUGGCCAACACGCAUCCUCAGUUCCAGAGCAAAGGGUCUGAGGACGUGAACGUGGAGAGGACCGUCUUCUCGGUUUGUGACCUCACUGAUGACACAGUGACCUUGAGGGCGGAGCGACCGGCGCUGCUGCUGAGCAGCACCAGCUGGACAGAGGAUGAAGAUUUCUCCAUCUUACUGAGGGCUCUUGAAGAGUACGAAGGUUUCGUUAAAGGAGGAGCCUCCCUGCCGUCUUUAGUCUGUGUGAUCACAGGUAAAGGUCCUCAGAAGGAAAACUACAGGAAGCUGAUCGACUCCCUGCACUUAGACCACGUGACCAUCUGCACUCCCUGGCUGGAGGCAGAAGACUAUCCCGUCUUAUUGGUGUCAUUAAAAAGAGGACUCAGCCCGCCGUACACCUCGGUGUGUGUUUCAGGCUCAGCGGACCUCGGCGUUUGUCUCCACAAGUCGUCCAGCGGUCUGGACCUGCCCAUGAAGGUGGUGGACAUGUUUGGCUGCUGCCUGCCCGUCUGCGCCAUCCACUUCAACUGCUUGAGCGAGCUGGUGAAGCACGAGGAGAACGGGCUGAUCUUCAGAGACUCGCAGGAGCUCGCCGAGCAGCUCAAGUCUCUCCUGUCAGGGUUUCCCAGCUCGGAGGGCAGACUGGCCGUGUUCAGGAGGAACCUCCGCACCAGCAGAGGGCAGAGCUGGGACGAUAACUGGAACCAGAACGUGCUGCCUCUGCUCACUGCUCCCUGAGAGACCAGAGUGGGCUUUUUAAUGGCCUAUACCAAUAUUUUCAGACCACAAUGCAUCCAAAGUUUUACGCCAACUUUUGCCUGGAUGAUUUUCAGUGUGGUGUUGAAAACCGAUGGGGAUGAAUGGCAGAGAAGUCAUGCAAGAAUAGUUUGGGAUGAAGGAAAGUCUUUUGUUUUAAUGUAAUGUAGCAUGAAAAUAGAGGAUCAGCGCAGACGGGAUGAUGAGAGUGAAACAUGAAGCGUCGCAUCUCAUCUGAGCCCGUUAAACUUUUUAAGAAAAUAAAAUGCAGGCUUGUCUAAACUCUCCACCCGCUGAAAAGAAGCUCUUCAUUCCUACUUCAGAGAACUUGAUUGUAUAAAAAGAAAAAGAGACUUUGACAUGAUGUACAUUUGUAAAUAAAAUCUUUAUUGUGCUA